UCUCUCUCUCUCUCUCUCGAUCAAAAUCAACCCAUUUUCCUUUCCAUACAAACCACACAAUCAAGCACACAUAUUAACAGACACUCACACACCCUCUCUGUCUAAACAGAGAAAGUAGAACAGCAGCAAAAAUGGCCUCUGCUGCAGCACCCACCACUCUUUCUCUCCUCAAGAUCGCAACUUCAUCCUCCGGAACACGUGCACGCGCCUCCCUCCUUCCAGUUCCCUCUUCCACCCUCCUCCGUGGCACUCCUCUUCCCCGUCUUGGGUUUGCAGCUGCGGACCCCAUUUUUGCUCAUCAUGUGGCCUCCAAGGUCCAAUCUAUCAAGGCCUCCAAGCCAUCUAGAGGCGUCGUUUCCAUGGCUAAGAAGAGCGUUGGUGAUCUGACUGCCUCGGACUUGAAGGGGAAGAAGGUUUUUGUGAGGGCUGAUCUGAACGUGCCUCUGGAUGAUAGCCAGAACAUCACUGAUGACACUAGGAUCCGCGCUGCGAUUCCUACUGUCAAGCAUUUGAUUCAGAAUGGUGCUAAAGUUAUUCUUUCUAGCCAUUUGGGUAGACCGAAAGGUGUCACUCCAAAAUUCAGCUUGGCACCUCUUGUUCCUAGGCUAUCUGAACUACUUGGAAUUCAGGUUGUGAAGGCUGAUGAUUGUAUUGGACCUGAGGUAGAAAAGUUGGUGGCUUCACUUCCUGAUGGUGGUGUUCUUCUACUUGAGAAUGUCAGGUUUUACAAGGAGGAAGAAAAGAAUGAACCUGAGUUUGCAAAGAAGCUUGCUUCCUUAGCUGACCUCUAUGUUAAUGAUGCAUUCGGAACUGCACAUAGAGCACACGCCUCAACUGAGGGGGUCACAAAGUUCUUGCAGCCAUCUGUCGCUGGCUUCCUUUUGCAGAAGGAAUUGGACUACCUUGUUGGGGCCGUUUCAAGCCCAAAGAGGCCAUUCGCUGCCAUUGUGGGUGGCUCAAAGGUCUCCUCUAAAAUUGGAGUUAUCGAGUCACUCCUAGAAAAGUGUGAUAUCCUACUUCUGGGUGGAGGAAUGAUUUUCACAUUUUACAAGGCUCAAGGUCUUUCUGUUGGUUCAUCCUUGGUGGAGGAAGAUAAACUCGACCUUGCAACAAAGUUGCUUGAGAAGGCCAAGUCACGAGGAGUGUCUCUUUUGUUGCCCGCUGAUGUAGUAAUUGCCGACAAGUUUGCUCCUGACGCAAACAGCAAGAUCGUGCCAGCAUCUGGGAUCCCUGAUGGCUGGAUGGGAUUAGAUAUUGGACCUGAAUCUAUCAAGACUUUCAAUGAGGCUUUGGAUACAACCCAAACCGUCAUCUGGAAUGGACCAAUGGGCGUAUUUGAGUUUGACAAGUUCGCAGUUGGAACUGAGGCUAUUGCAAAAAAGCUAGCGGAGCUUAGUGGCAAGGGCGUGACAACAAUCAUUGGAGGUGGAGACUCUGUUGCAGCAGUGGAAAAAGUAGGAGUCGCCGAGAAGAUGAGCCACAUUUCAACUGGUGGUGGUGCUAGUUUAGAGUUGUUGGAAGGCAAAGAGCUUCCAGGUGUCCUUGCUCUUGAUGAAGCAAUCCCGGUCCCUGUGUCAGCUUAGUUACAAAAAAUUUCCCUUCCCUCAAGUCGACCAUCUUACGCCAUAAUUUCUGAAUGAGAGAUGGAGCAAUGUAGCGAGAGAAUGUGAGUUCAUGUUGUAAAUUUUUACAUUUGCCUUCAAUCAAUGCAAGGGGUCUCAAACUAUUACUACCA